UACGACUCCCGAAACGCCCUGAGGAAGAGGCUGACAGGAGGGUGGAGUGACAGAUCCAGCUUUGGAGCAAAGGUGACCCCGCUGGCUCUCGCGGCGGAGGCCGGAGCAGCCGGUUCUCGCCUCUUCUCUGCUGCAUCUGGGGAUUUGUAGUUCGCUCACGGCCACGGUGUGUGCACUCAGAGCAGGUAGUUUACUACAAGUCCCAUGAAGACGCGGGGCCCGGGCAGCACCUGCGUAACGAAGCCAAAGGAGCGCGCAGGCGGUGCUAGUGGUGGGAGGAGUAAAGAUGGCGGUGCGGCGGUCUCCGCCUUCUGCUCCCGGCUGAAGCGCUCUGAGGGAGGCGGGCAGCGGCAAUCGGAGCCGCUACAGCGAUCCAGUGUUGAUAGUAUCGGCCGCCGCCGAGGCCGGAACCAUGGCGGAGCUGGAGCACCUGGGCGGGAAGCGGGCCGAGUCGGCACGAAUGCGGCGGGCUGAGCAGCUGCGUCGCUGGCGGGGCUCGCUGACAGACCAGGAGCCCGCGGAGCGCCGGGGCGCGGGGCAGCAGCCGCCGACGAGGCGCGGGAGCCCCCGGGUCCGCUUUGAGGACGGCGCGGUCUUCCUGGCCGCCUGUUCCAGCGGGGACACCGACGAGGUGCGAAAGCUGUUGGCCAGGGGUGCAGACAUCAACACGGUCAACGUGGACGGCUUGACAGCCCUGCACCAGGCCUGUAUUGAUGAGAAUUUGGACAUGGUAAAAUUUCUGGUGGAGAACAGAGCCAAUGUCAACCAGCAGGACAACGAGGGUUGGACACCACUUCACGCGGCAGCUUCCUGUGGCUAUCUCAACAUAGCAGAAUAUUUCCUUAACCAUGGAGCCAGUGUGGGCAUUGUGAACAGUGAAGGCGAAGUCCCCUCUGACCUUGCCGAAGAGCCUGCCAUGAAGGAUCUCCUCCUAGAGCAAGUGAAGAAGCAAGGAGUUGACCUGGAGCAGUCAAGAAAAGAAGAGGAGCAGCAGAUGUUGCAGGAUGCACGCCAGUGGCUCAAUAGUGGGAAAGUAGAAGACGUGAGGCAGGCUCGCUCUGGGGCCACUGCACUCCACGUGGCUGCUGCCAAAGGCUAUGCUGAAGUACUCAGGCUCCUGAUUCAGGCUGGCUGUGAACUCAACGUUCAGGAUCAUGACGGCUGGACACCCCUGCAUGCGGCUGCACACUGGGGAGUCAAGGAGGCCUGCUCCAUCCUGGCGGAGGCCCUCUGUGACAUGGAUGUUCGGAACAAGCUGGGCCAGACACCAUUUGACGUGGCUGAUGAGGGUCUUGUGGAGCACUUGGAAAUGCUCCAGAAGAAGCAGAAUGUGCUUCGAAGCGAGAAAGAGACACGGAAUAAACUCAUUGAGUCAGAUCUGAACAGCAAGUUGCAGAGUGGACUCUUUAAGAACAAGGAGAAGCUGCUUUACGAGGAGGAGCCCCCCAAGUCUCAGGACACAGAGGAGGAAAACAAAGAAUCCAGCAGCUCCAGCUCAGAGGAGGAGGAGGGUGAAGAUGAAGCUUCGGAAUCAGAAAAUGAGAAGGAGGCAGAUAAAAAGCCAGAAGCCAUUGUCAACCAUUCCAACUCUGAGAGCAGAAGUAUUAUGGAGCAGAUACCAACACCAGCUCAGAAUGCCUUCUCGGCUUUUUCUACUAGGAGAUUCUCCUCCAGCCUUUUUAAUAAGUCAGAAGAGCCCAAAGAUGAAUCCCCUUCUUCAUGGAGGCUGGGACUAAGAAAAACUGGCAGCCACAACGUGCUGAGUGAGGGUGCCAAUUCCAGGGAGGCGCUAAGGGACCGGGGCUCCUCCAUCCAUCGCUCCUCAUCAAGCCCGCGGAUUUCUGCUCUGCUCGACAACAAAGAAAAGGAGAAAGAAAAUCGAAGCUAUUUUAGUUCACUAGCAUCCCGGAGGCUCAACAGCACAAGUGACAUUGAAGAGAAGGAGAACAGAGAAUCAGCUGUGAACCUGGUGAGGAGUGGCUCCUAUCCCCGGCAGCUGUGGAGGGAUGAGGCCAAGGGAAAUGAAGCCCCACAAACGAUUGCUCCUUCUGCCUACGUGUCAACCUACUUGAAGAGGACCCCUUACAAAUCCCAGGCUGACUCAACAGCGGAGAAAACAACAGACAGUGUCUCUUCUAGCACCCCGCUCUGUGUCAUCACCAAUCGCCCUCUUCUUAGCACUGCCAACGGAGUGACAGCCACCACUGUGCCCGCCUCCACUGGAACGGACUCCUCUGUGGAAGCCAGGGAGAAGAGAAGGUCCUAUCUGACUCCCGUACGGGAUGAGGAAGCAGAGUCCUUACGGAAGGCCCGUUCCAGACAAGCUCGGCAGACUCGGAGGUCUACUCAAGGGGUUACCCUAACAGACCUUCAAGAAGCAGAAAGGACAUUCAGCCGGUCAAAGGCCGAGAGGCAGACUCAGGAGCAACCUGGCGAGAAGCCUGUCAACCCUGAAGGGUUUGAGGAGAGCACGGGGAAGCAUGAGCCCUCAGCAGCCCCAACAGAGGAGGCUGCGGAAGGUCAGCAGCCCUGGGCCCGGGGUCUGGAUGAAGAGCCUGUCUAUCGUCGCUUGAGGUAUUCAUCUCAGCCAGACAAACCCACAACCCCAGUAUCUCCUACUGCUUCAAGACCCUCACUCUACACCAGUUCCCACCUGUCAGGGACAAGUAGAUCUUCAGCCCCUGAGUCGGAGAGUUCAGAGACAGCUGAGACCACUGUAGGCGCGAAGGAGAUGGACAGAAAUGAGAGUGAAGAAGCGGAUUUGGAUGACCAGUCCUCCAAUAGGCUGUCCAUCCGCGAGAGGCGGCGGCCCAGGGAGCGGCGGAGAGGCACGGGCAUCAAUUUCUGGACAAACGAUGACGAAGCCACUGAUGUCUCUGAAGAGGUCAAGCAGGCAUGGCAUGAAAGACUUUCUAGGUUGGAAUCUGGAGGUAGUAGUAACCCUACAACCAGCGAUCCUUACAGCGACCGAGCAUCAGCAAGAGCCCGCCGUGAGGCCCGCGAGGCCCGUCUGGCCACCCUGACCAGCCGUGUGGAGGAGGACAGCAACAGGGACUACAAAAAACUCUACGAAAGCGCCCUGACUGAAAACCAAAAACUGAAAACAAAACUUCAGGAGGCUCAGCUAGAACUGGCAGAUAUAAAAUCCAAGCUUGAGAAGAUGGCCCAGCAGAAACAAGAGAAGACCUCUGACCGGUCGUCAAUGCUAGAGAUGGAGAAGCGGGAGAGGCGAGCCUUGGAGCGGAAGAUGUCGGAAAUGGAAGAAGAGAUGAAGAACCUCCACCAGCUAAAACAGAUUCAGACCUUGAAGCAGAUGAACGAGCAACUGCAGGCUGAGAACAGGGCCCUGACCCGAGUGGUGGCCAGACUCUCCGAGUCCAUCGAGUCCUCGGACACCCAGGAACUCUAGCUCUUGCCCCUCCUCUCCACCUCACUUCCCUCCUCCUCUGCUCCAGGCAGGUUCAUUCUUCUUGAGCUCACGCCGUCCUCAGAGCCUCUGCAUGCAGGUCCUCUGGGAUGCAAGGAGCCAGGACUGAAACCAUUGGCGGGGACAUGACAGCCUAGAUCAGGGGAGGCGGUGGGGAGACUCACCUGGGAGCACUUUGGGUAAGAUCAUCAUGUUACCUUCUUGACCUGUGGGGACUACAUGUAAAUUUGUUCAUGGGGCUCCAGGAAGUAUGCACAUAAGGUGCACAUACAUGUGUGUGUAUACACACAUUGGUGUUGUGGAGUCAUUGCCACACAGGUAGACCUUUCCCUGCCAAGAGCAACUCCUCUUAUGUGAUUGGGAUUGAGCCUGAACUGCCACUUAUGGUUGGGCAUGAGAUGGCACAAGGAGCAGGAGCUCCCAGUCGUGGCUCCUGUUGGAAACACCAAACGCUUUCAAUAUAUACCAGUGCUUGGACCCUCCCAGAGACAAUCAGUGGUCUGGAUUGAGAUCCAAGCAUCAGCAUUUUUUUUUUCAAAACCCUCUUUUUGGUUAUUUUGGCAUAGCCAGAAUUGGAAACCAUAGUCCUUUGGACUCCAGGAAGACCUCAGUCCCUGUAUGUGACGAUAUUAUUGGUUAGAAAGGACUGGAACUAGAGAUUGGAGGUAUUCUGAUCCAGGCUUUCUAGCAAAAAACAGUCUCCAUCCCACCUUGGAACAGAAUUAGAUAAGCAUUUUGUCUCCUGCAAGCCUUGUAGUCUCUUCCCUGCUGGGGAGGCAUUUCUCACAUCCCUGUCACAAGUCUCUGGACUCAAGGGAUGUGUCCCUCCCCUGCCUCUGUGUGCGUGGGCUGCGAGGCAGCCUGCAGCCUGUAUAAAUGAGGUCCUUACAUGACCAGGCCUUCCCUAACAGGUCUAGCUUUGCAGAGGAGAUGGCGGCUGUGGAGCAGGGAACAGGUUUAUUUUCAACUGAAACUCCCUUCCCC